ACCAGCUGCCUCAGAUUUGGUGGCUUACCGCUUGUAUUUGCUGGAGGAAAGUGCUACUGCCGUCUGCAGCCGAAGGCCGCCUACACGUGGAGUGCGGGGCCGAAUUGCUCCUCCAUGGUGCUACCCGAGGUACAGGUCUCCAGGACGGCGUUCAGACGAUUACCAUUACUGGGACCGGCCUCGAUGCCCCGCCAGAACCCGCCGGACACUCACCCCGCCCGGCUCUCGCUCAUUUCUAGGCACCUCGCUCCAGUGUAUCCGAUCAACACGCCGUACACCGUCGAGCGCCUCCCGGACACCAUUGACACGUCGCUUCUCCCGAAAACGCAGUCGCGCAGCUUCUCCGCGUCGCCCAGCAAGAUGACGUCGCAACCCCCGCACCCGACGCUCCUGAUCCCGGGGCCCAUCGAGUUUGACGAUGCGGUGCUGCAGUCCAUGUCUCACUACAGUGAGAGCCAUGUUGGCGCCGGCUUCGUCGCAACCUUCGGCGAGACGCUGUUCAUGCUGCGCAAGCUGUUCCAGACCUCCGACCCCGCGGCCCAGCCCUUCGUUCUCUCCGGUUCGGGCACCCUCGGCUGGGAUCUCGUGGCGGCCAACUUGAUCGAGCCCGGCGAGGACGUGCUGGUCCUCGGCACCGGCUACUUCAGCGACGGCUUUGCCGACUGCCUGCGCGUCUACGGCGCCAACGUGACGGAGCUCAAGGCACCCGUCGGCACCAAGCCGCAGCUCCCCGAGAUCGAGAAGGCGCUGUCCGAGAAGCGAUACAAGGCCAUCACCGUCACCCACGUCGACACGUCUACCGGAGUCCUGAGCGAGCUCCAGCACCUGUCUGCCCUCGUCCACAGGGUCUCGCCCGACACCCUCAUCAUUGUCGACGGUGUGUGCAGCGUGGCGUGCGAGGAGAUCGCCUUUGAUGCCUGGGGUCUGGACGGCGUCGUUACGGCCAGCCAGAAGGCCAUCGGCUGCCCUGCCGGCCUCUCCAUCUCCAUGUUCAGCGGCCGGGCCAUGGAGGCGGUGAAGAACCGGAAGACGCCUCCUGCGGCCUACUUCGCUUCCAUGAGGAACUGGACACCAAUCAUGCAAAACUACGAGGCCAAGAAGCCGUCGUACUUCGCCACCCCCUCGCCUCAGCUCAUCCAUGCGCUGCACACCGCGCUGAGCCAGAUCCUGUCGAAGCCCCUGGCUGACCGGUUUGCCGGCCACAAGGCAACGUCGGACAAGGUCAAGAAGGCAAUCGCCGAUCUCGGCCUGAAGCAGGUUGCCGCCAAUCCCGACGAGCAGGCCCACGGGAUGACAGCCAUAUAUCUCCCCGAGGGUGUCAAGGGCGCCGACCUCCUGCCCAUCCUCGCCAAGAAGGGCGUCGUGUUCGCCGGCGGCAUCCACAAGGAGAUUGCCACCAAGUACAUCCGGUUUGGCCACAUGGGCGUCAGUGCGCUCGACCCGAAGAGGACGGAUAUUGACCACGCCAUAAAGGCACUGGAGGAGGGCUUAGCCGAGUGCGGAUACAAGAAGGAGUAGUACAUAGAGUGUACAAUAAGCUGAGGAGAGGCCUACACUGGCGUGCAUACCUAGAGGUAGUAUAGUAUACCUAGACAAGGGUAGCCGAUCUCCGGGAGGAGGUCAAGGGCGAGCCCGCCUCCACCGGCCUUCAGG